AUGGGGACCUUCAGUUUAGUUCGGUGCGGUAGCCGAAGGGUGGUCAAAGUUUUGGUCGGAAAUCAUUUCGGGGUACUCAGAGGCAGCAGCAGCCUCACUUUCGUUAGACCACGUCAGCUCAGGGAUCUUAGGUCGAAAGAAGAGCGAGUUCUUCGACACCUACUCAGAGCUCCGGCCCCGGAAACUUCAGUUGUGAGGGGUACAUUUCUAUUGUUUAACUCCUUUGAUAGAGUAUUAUUUAAUUCCGGAGCAUCACAUUCAUUCAUUGCUACAUCUUUUGCUUGUACUUUGGAAUUGGAAAUUGAGAAUAUUAGGCCUCCGUUGAUCGUUGAGACACCUAUAGGAGGUAGAUCGCCAUUAAAUCGUAUUUGCCGAGAUUGUGAGCUCAUUAUUCGAGAUCAUCGUUUUACCUUUGACUUCAUUGUGUUGAAUAUGUCAGGGUUCGACCUCAUUUUGGGCAUGGAUUGGCUAUUUACAUUUCACGCUACCAUAGAUUGCUUCAGGCACCGGGUUCGUAUUUGUCCACAUGGGGGUUCUUGUUCUGAGUUCUUCAGGGAGCGUCGGGAACCGUUAGAGCCGUAUUUGUGUGGGUCUCGGGAGCAAGAGUCGGUGUAUGCCUUGUUAGCGAGUUUGGCCUUAGAUGAGGAUGUAUCCGCACGUGGGGAAUUACCCCUUGUCGUUUGCGACUUUUCGGACGUGUUUCCGAAGGAGUUACCCGGUUUACCACUCGAGAGAGAAAUUGAAUUUUCUAUCGAUUUACUUCCUGGCACCAUUCCUAUUUUCGUACCUUCUUAUCGUUUCGCGCCUACCGAGUUGAGAGAAUAG